AUGGAUCAACAAGAAGGCACGUCUACAUCAGACAGUGCAGCGAUGCCACCACCAGCUCUUCCACAGCGCCCACCAUCACAUGCCUAUUCGUCUCUCGAGCCUUCAGUCCAAACGAUCCGAUCCACUCUUCACCGACCCCUCUCUGCAAGUCAGCAACAGUUCGUCACCAAGACCGUCGAAAGCGUCGAGAAGGAUAUGAAUCAAGACGAGACCCGCGAGUUCAUCAACCAGCUCGGCGAAUAUCCACCGACGAUCCCCGACUCUGUUACGAUGCAUUUUCUCAAGUCGGCUGGUGUCGAAGGCACAGAUCCACGUGUCGUCCGACUGAUUGCGCUGGCCGCUCAGAAGCAUGUUUCUGACAUUGUUCUUGACGCAAUGACCACGGCUCGUAUGAAGGGUCUCGGACAGAUGAAGAAAGGCACCAAAGACGCGAAGUACACUCUGACCGAGGAGCUUCUGGACGAGAUUCUCAAGGAAUAUGGACACGACAACACACGCCCUCCGUAUCAUAACUGA